AGAAAAAGGCAUGAAGAAUUUUUUGUCUCGGCAAUAACUUUCUGAAUUCCAAUGCUUUCAAAAUCAAUUGCGCUUCGUCUGUCGAAGAAGAUAGGCUCAUCUUAUAGCCGUUACAUGUCAGCUUGGUCAUCGGCACUGGUUGGUGAAGGCAAGAAAGGAAAGAAGAAAGGAGGUGGUGAUCAUUCACAUCCUGCAUUGAAAGAGUUAAGUCCUCCUCCAGAAUUUUUGGCAUACAGACUACAGCUAUGGGAUAAAUUAAAGAAAGAAUAUGAUGAAUUUAUUGCUGCACAGCCAAAUACGCCAAUCAAGAUCACAUUACCCGAUGGUAAACAGGUGGAUGGAGAAUGUUGGAAAACUACUCCAUAUGAAGUGGCAAAAGGCAUCAGCCAGGGUUUAGCAGAUAACUGUGUGGUUGCCAAGGUAAACGGAGAUCUUUGGGAUUUAGACAGACCAUUUGAAAAAGAUGCUAAUUUACAACUUAUCAAAUUCGAAGAUAAAGAUGGUCAGUAUGUGUUUUGGCAUUCAAGUGCUCACAUGUUGGGAGAAGCAAUGGAGAAGUUAUAUGGUGGACACUUGUGUUAUGGUCCUCCUAUAGAUGGAGGAUUUUAUUAUGACAUGUGGUCAGAAGAGAGACAAGUAUCCGGUCAUGAUUACCCAGCAAUAGAAACUGCUGUGAAAUCCAUUGUCAAAGAAAAACAACCAUUUGAAAGAUUAGAAAUGAAGAAAGAAGAUCUACUUAAAAUGUUUGAAUAUAAUAAGUUUAAACAAAGGAUAAUCAAUGAGAAAGUAACCACUCCAACCACCACUGUCUACAGAUGUGGACCAUUGAUAGAUUUAUGUAGAGGCCCACAUGUUCGACAUACUGGUAAAGUAAAAGCUUUUACAGUCACUAAGAAUUCUGCCACGUUCUGGGAAGGCAAGGCUGAUGCUGAAUCUCUACAAAGAAUUUAUGGUAUAUCUUUCCCUGAUACCAAACAGAUGAAAGAAUGGAAACAUAUACAGGAAGAGGCAGCCAAAAGAGAUCACAGAAAACUGGGAAAGGAACAAGAAUUGUUUUUUUUCCAUGAAUGGAGUCCUGGAAGUUGUUUUUUCUUACCUAAAGGAGCUCAUAUUUGUAACACAUUGAUUGACUAUAUAAAAAGUGAAUACAGAAAAAGAGGAUUUACUGAAGUUGUUUCUCCUAAUAUAUACAACAGUAAACUAUGGCAACAGUCAGGUCAUUGGCAACAUUAUGAUGAUAAUAUAUUUAAAUUUGAAGUAGAUAAAGAAAUGUUUGCAUUGAAACCAAUGAAUUGUCCUGGACAUUGCUUAAUGUUUGAUCACAGACCUAGAUCAUGGCGAGAGUUACCUUUAAGGAUGGCAGAUUUUGGUGUAUUACACAGAAACGAGUUAUCUGGAGCAUUAAGUGGUCUGACCCGAGUGAGACGUUUCCAACAAGAUGAUGCUCAUAUAUUUUGUAGAGAAGAUCAGAUAAAAGAAGAAAUGGCUGGAUGUUUAGACUUCAUGAAGACUGUAUAUGAUACCUUUGGUUUCACUUUUGAGUUACAAUUAUCUACCAGACCAGAGAAAUAUUUAGGGGAAAUAGAAGUAUGGAAUGAUGCAGAAAAGGCAUUGACAGAAUGUUUAGAUGCAUCUGGUUUGAAAUGGACCCUGAAUCCAGGAGAUGGUGCUUUCUAUGGCCCUAAGAUAGAUGUACACAUUAUGGAUGCCUUGAAAAGAUCACAUCAGUGUGCUACAAUACAGUUAGACUUUCAGUUACCCAUCAGAUUUAAUCUUAACUUCAACAGUGGUGAAGCUGAUGAGAAAAAGAGACCUGUGAUGAUCCAUCGAGCUAUUCUGGGCUCUGUAGAGAGAAUGGUUGCCGUUCUGACAGAAAAUUAUGGUGGUAAAUGGCCGUUUUGGUUAUCACCUCGACAGUGUGUCAUUAUUCCUGUAGCACCUGUCUAUGACACUUAUGCAGAAGAGGUUAAGAAGCAGAUCCAUGAUGCUGGAUUUCUGUGUGAUACUGACGUGGACCAUAGCACUACACUUAAUAAGAAAAUAAGAAAUUCUCAAUUAGCACAGUAUAACUUUAUAUUGGUUGUUGGAGAGAAGGAAGUUGGUAACAAGACUGCUAAUGUCCGUACCAGAGACAACAAAGUACACGAUGAACACAGUAUACACAAAAUUAUUGAACGAUUUACAGAAUUCAAGAACUCAAAAUGUUUAGACUCGGAAAACUUUUAAACAAUUCAAAUUUUAAAUAAUUUAUUGUACAUGUAUGUGCUGGCUUUUAGUUGUCUGUAUGACAAUAAUGCUAUAGUGAGUCCCUAUCAUCAAAUAUAGAUCUUCUAGCAUAAAAGACAUAUUUUAUAGAAAUGUCACCAUUGGAUACCAUGGUCAAAGGACUCAAAUCAUAAGUCUUUGUUCUGCUAUAUCAUCAUUUGAAAAAAAGUGCAUAAUCUUUAUUAUACAAAUUGAUUGUUCUUUUCUGAAGCAUUGCACAGAAAUGAAAUGAAAUAUUAAAACACGAUAAUAAGUAUGUCCUUUUGAAUCUGUUGCAUAUAUUUUGUAACAACAAAUAGAUGAUAACAAUGAAAUAUUUUUGUGUUUAUUCAUCAACGACUGUUUGAAGUUCUAAAAUUAUUACAUCAGUUAUUCAUUAGAAAAUGAUAGCAAAUUUUAUGAUUAUAACACUUCUCUAACUUGAAUUUAUGUCCUUCACAACACACACAAUUCAUUUAAACUUCUACAAAGAUGUUGACAUUUAAUUAAAUGGAAAUGUACAGAUAAAGAAAAUAAUUGUAAAAAUUAAAAACGGCUAACUUUCAUUUAUAAAUGAGGAGAAAAUAAAUGAAUCAGACUGUCGGUAAUGCUACUUAAAAGUACAUUUGUGAACUACAGUCUUGUUAAUGAUUUGUUUUUCUGUACUUAUAAAGUGCAGCUUUUAUUGAGUUUAUAGUAAUUUGAAUUUAUGAAUGGUCUAGGAUUUGUAUACAAAGGAUGGUUAUAGAGGGAAAUUAAACUUGGCUACAUGUGAUCUGGAUUUACUUCUAUCCUAGAUCAUAGUAAAUUACUGUAAUCUAACUUACUUCUAUCCUAAAUCAUGGUAAAUUACCGUAAUCUAGUUAUAACUUACUUGUAUCCUAAAUCAUGGUAAAUUACCGUAAUCUAGUUAUAACUUACUUUUAUCCUAAAUCAUGGUAAAUUACCGUGAUCAAGUUAAAACUUACUUCUAUCCUAAAUCAUGGUAAAUUACCGUAAUCAAGUUAUAACUUACUUCUAUCCUAAAUCAUGGUAAAUUACCGUAAUCUAGUUAUAACUUACUUCUAUCCUAAAUCAUGGUAAAUUACCGUAAUCUAGU